GCAAACCUCCCUCUCUCAUUAUACGACAUCUAUUGCUGCUUGCGGCCUUGCUACAUUGGGGAUUCGAUCUAUCGACUAUAUCGUCUGUCAUUUAUCGCCAGCGCGCGUUUGGAAGCGCCCGCGGAGAAUCAUUCCGGAAGCAAGGGUUAGCGCGGACCUUUUGACAUCUGCUCUUCCACCCAAGCACCUUGGCCACGGGGGAUGGUUUUGAAGUUGCAUGCUUCGCACCCUCCGACCUUCCGUGACUGAAAGUCUUCCUCCUCACCAUCCACGAACAGCAGCAGACAGGCAAAAGGCGCUCCUACAUGGCACAACCCCCAGCCUAGACGUCAUCAGCUUCCCUCCCCCCACGACCCUCUACCACGAAAAGUGGGGUAGCCAAACCCAACGACGAAGCCCUCGCGCAUUGGGCGACAACAUACUAUAACGACGACGGGGCGCCAUGGCCGAUUUCACGUUUGCGAAGGGCUUCUUCGCGCUGCUGCGGAACCUGCUCGUUGCGGCGCUCGUGUAUACGUCAUUAUACACCAUAGUCGAGAUUGUGCAGACGGGCCGUGCUGCGUCGGCCGAGUAUGUGAUUAAGCAUCGCCUGAAGACUGGGGAGCCGAAGGAGGAGUCGAAGGGGGUGAUAUUUUCGCCGGGGCAGCCGCCGGUGACGCUGAAGCUGGGGAAGAUCAAUCCGCAUGCGAAUUGGUUUAAUAGACCUGUGAGCAAUAUCGAGUACAAGGACGAUUAUUUGGAGGCCAGACCGGAUGUUGAUACCGUGGCGGAUAUUGCGAAGUUGGUGGAGACGUGUAGGGGGUCGUAUGAGAAGCUGGAUAAGAUGUUUGAUAGGAAGGACUGCUUUCACUAUCUUGUUACGGGAGAGAAGGAUUACUUUUAUCUCCCUGAGGAACCGGAGAGGGCGAGCGCAAAAUCUCCAAGGAACGCACCAUACCUCAAUGCGGACGGAAAAGGAAACACACUGGCGAAAUACCCUAAAGCAAAAGAAGCUUCGAAAAAGUCCCUGGGAAGCUGCCACGGCCCCAUCAUACCGCAUCACGCGUACUGGUCGGGGCCGGCAACAUGGCGCUUCGAGCUCUUCGUCAAGUCCUACCUGUACACCCAGAACCUACCCUGUUCGCGUUUGUGGGUCUGGAUCGAUUCCGACAAGGACCCGUACGCGAUUGCGCAGAUGAUGACUCGUGACCCUAUCUUCGAGCGCCUUCUGUCGUUGAUCAAGCGAGGCGAUUUGGUCCUGAAGGAGUGGAAAUUCCCAUCGAGGAUACCACUCCCGAAGGUGGACUACGCGGAUGGCGGGAUCUACUACACCAAUCCGGGCAUGCCAAAUGCCGCGGGCGAGGUGGCCCUUGCGGAUGGGCUGGUGCGGGACGCCGAGGGUCAAGAAUGGCUCGUCCUUACCGAGAACCAGAAGACUUCGCUUCCCGUGGCCGUAUCGGAUGCAGUCCGAUUCGUUGUGCUUCAUCUCUACGGCGGUGCAUACUUCGACGUCGACAUCACCCUCCUCCGCGACAUGAGACCCCUACUUAUCAACCCCAACGACGCCUUCGCCGAGCGCUGGGGCCAAUACCCCCACCCCGAAGACUACAACACUGCCGUCCUAUCCCUAGGCGCGAAUACAAGCCUAAGCUCGUACUUCCUCCGCGGAGGCGUGCGAAUGGGGAUGAACUUCCACCCCCAGGUAAUCGGACUCAUGGCCGUGAAAGACAAGAAGAACUCCGAGCUCAAGAUGCUCGAGACCUCCUUCUUCGACCCCAUAUGGUGGAACUACGAAGGCGACAAACCUUGUCCCGUGCCGUGUCUACGCGAUUACAGUGCCGUAUUUAAGGGAGAGCCGAACGCGUUUCCGCACGAUGACGAGUGGGAGGGCUAUGAGGGGCCGAAGGCAGAGGAGAUUCUGAAGUAUGGAGCUGAGGGACAGAGUGUGGGGGGUAGAGUGCUGAAGGGCGUGAAGAAGGAGGGGCUGGGGACGGUGAAGGAGUUUGAUAGGAAGAAGCUUGCCGAGACGGAGUAUAGGAUUUGGGAGGACAAUUAUCCGCCGACGAAUCGGACGCUGGAACACUUCUUCCGGGGGGCGUUUGCGUAUCAUGUUCAUAACCAGUGGUUGACUCCGCCCCAGCCGUCAUCAUGGUUCGACGUGUUGAGGCGUGCACACAACGACUUCUUCGCGGGGAAGAGGACGAAUGCUUAUGGUGAAAAAUGGACUGGCCCUGAGCUGGUGGAUUAUGAAAUUAUCUGGAACUUUACUUGAGAGUAUUUGGGCGACACUUUUGUUUGGGGUGUCUUGGAUAGGGUACAGGGAGGCUUGUUGUUGGAUAAUCCGUACGUGAUGUACGUGCCAACUAGGGAUAUAUUUGGCGUUUGUAAAUGAAUGAGAGUUUUUUAUGUGGUUGGAAGAUUAAUUCGGAGGAAGAUUAGAUAGCUUGAGGGAUAUAAACAAGUUGAUAUGUGGUACUUGUUUGGUGAUAUUGCAAGUGCCAUGUUCUGAGUACUCGUGCUGAUUAAAAGUCUGGAGGGAGGGGGACCGUGGACAACAGGUGGUGUCUACAGAUGGUUGGAAUAAAGACAUACAGUCACCCAGAGCU